ACCUGCCAAGCACAGCGUACGGUCUUGUCGACGGCCAGCGACCCAAAGUGAUCUUUUUUAUCAUCGAUCUGUUGCUAGUCAAAGAUCGAUUAAUCUGACAAGGAUGGCGGCGCCGGGCAGAUUGCUGCUGCUGUCCUGCAUCGCCGCUCUGCUCCUCCUAGUGUUGGCUCCCAAUGGCGCCGCCGCCGCCGGCACCGCCGACGGGUCCGAGGAGUGGGGCUACGUCCAAGUCCGCCCCAAGGCGCACAUGUUCUGGUGGCUGUACCGGAGCCCGCACCGUGUCGACAACGCCAGUACGCCAUGGCCAACCGUGCUCUGGCUCCAGGGCGGACCGGGCGCUUCUGGCGUCGGGUACGGCAACUUCGAGGAGAUCGGGCCCCUGGACGUGGCCCUCAAGCCCCGCAACUCCACCUGGCUCAACAAGGCCGACCUCCUCUUCGUCGACAACCCUGUGGGCACGGGGUUCAGCUUCGUGGAGGCCGGCAACACGACGCUGCUGGCGCACUCGGACGCGCAGACGGCCACGGACCUCACAGCCCUGCUCGUCAAGCUCUACGGCGGCGGCUCCGGCGCGCCGCUGAAGCAGGGCAGCCCGCUGUACAUCGUGGCCGAGUCCUACGGCGGUAAGUUCGCCGUCACCACCGCGCUCGCCGCGCUCAAGGCCAUCGGUCAGGGGCAGCUCAAGGCCACCCUCGCCGGCGUCGCGCUCGGCGACAGCUGGAUCUCGCCCGAGGACUUCGUGCUGUCGUGGGGGCCGUUGCUGUACCAGAUGUCGAGGCUCGACGAGAACGGGCUGCAGAACUGCGACAAGAUCGCGCAGAAGAUCAAGGCGCAGCUGAAGGCGAACCAGUACACGGAGGCGGAGGCGUCAUGGGAGGAGCUCGAGAACGCAAUCUCCGCGCUCACCAACGCCAUUGACUUCUACAACAUCCUCAAGGACAGCUCAUCGUCGGACUCCUCCGCCGCCGCGCCAUUGACGGCAUCGAAGCGGCAGGCGUGGUUGAGGAGGAAGAGCACCAGGCCGGGGAGGUACCUGAGGUCGCUAAUGGCCGCGGAAGAGGGCGGGCUGCAGGGUCUGAUGGACACGAGGAUCAAGGCCAAGCUGGGCAUCAUCCCGGCCAACUUCACCUGGGGCCAGCAGGACGACGCCGUCUUCGACGCCCUCAAGCCAGACUUCAUGAAACCCAGAAUCCACGAGGUGGAUGAGCUCCUCAAGCUUGGUGUCAAUGUCACAAUCUACACCGGACAGCUUGAUCUCAUCUGUGCAACCAAGGGGACACUGGACUGGGUUCAGAAGCUCAAGUGGGAAGGGCUGAAGAACUUCACAGCCGCACCCAGGAAGCCCAUCUACUGCAAUGGAGCCGAAGCAGCAGGGACCGAGGGCACCCAGGCCUUCCUCAAGUCCUACAAGAACCUCAACUUCUACUGGAUUAUGGGAGCUGGACACAUGGUACCAGUGGACAACCCUUGCACUGCACUCAAGAUGCUGGGUGACAUUACACAGUCUCCUGCUAAGUAGCAGAGAGGAGAAGAACAGAGAAGAAGACCGAUACACACUACACUAGUUUUUCUAGCAUUUAUGAAUGAGAUGAGAUGAGAAAAGAGAGAGAUCAGAGGGGGUAUACAUGAAUAGAGGAACAACUGCUUGACUUUAUUAUGUGGUACAGUUUAUAGUUGGUGCAGCCGUGUUUUCGGUUGACAGGGGUACGAUCAAAUCAGAAACCGAAAAUUGAUUGCAUAUAUGUGCAGCCUGGCUGCAUUCUCUCC